AUGAAUCAUAUCGAUUUAAAUACACAACUAGCUAAAUUCUGGGAACUUGAAGAAGUUUAUGACAAACCAGCACAAUCUAAUGAAGAUCUAUUCUGCGAGAAUUUAUACAAAAAUACAACGUUUAGAGACGAAAAUGGUCGUUUCGUUGUUUCCCUGCCCUUUAAAUCCGAAUAUUCCAAUAAUAUUCCCCUUGGCAACUCUCGCAACUCUGCUUUAUCCCAAUUUCUCAGAAAUGAGAGCAGACUCACGAAUAACCCUAAAUUAAAGUAUGAUUAUGAUAAAGUAAUGGAAGAAUAUGCAAUAUUGCACCAUAUGAUUCCCGUAAAACCCGAGUUAUCUUCUCCCUCUAACUCUUCAUACUAUUUACCCCAUCAUUCUGUGCUCAAACCCGAAUCUACAACUAUUAAACUUCGUAUUGUAUUCAACGCCUCUAACCUCACCUCGUCAGGAUUAAGUCUAAAUGACGUAUUAUACCCCGGACCAGUUUUACAACAAGAUUUAACUGUCCUUAUAACCCGCUGGCGAUUGUUCAAAUACGCUUUUAAUGUCGACAUCGAGAAGAUGUACAGGCAGAUACUUGUUAAUCCACAACACAUCCUAUUUCAAAGGAUUUUAUUCCGAAGUUCUCCUGAAGAAGAACCCCAAGAUUUUGAGCUACAAACCGUAACAUUUGGAGUUAACUGUGCUCCAUAUUUAGCCCUGAGAACUCUUAUCGAACUUGUUGAAUCCUGUAAUAACGAUUACCCCGAAAUCUCUAUCAUACUCAAAGAGAAUAUGUAUGUCGAUGACGUAUUAGCAGGAUCCCAUGACCUUUCUUUAGCCUUAAAAUCUAGAGAUAACCUAAUCAAAAUUUUGAACUCUGCAGGAUUUCCUCUCCGUAAAUGGAUCUCGAAUGAAAAAUCUCUAUUACAAGGCUUAGAACCCGAACAUUUACUUAUGUCUGAUACACUAUCGCUUGAAGACACAAUAACAACUAAAACAUUAGGACUCCGCUGGAAUGCGAGUCAAGACUACUUCUACUUUAACAUCAAAAAUUAG